UUUGAUUCCCCGGAAAUCGGAUCUUACCUAUACGCCUAUUAUCUACUUAUGUUGACAAUAAUUUCUGAAACUCUGACCUCUGUUUUUGGACGAGCUCAUAAAAAUGGGUUUCGGAAGGUUCAGCCUUCAGUGCAAGUUUCCGCUGUUCAGGGUUAUUUUAAAUUUUUGCCGCGCCUUUAAAAGACCUUCAAAAAUUUUAGUAGCGCGGGAGACUUAUUCGAUAGCGCUACAUUUAAUUCACGUAUUGGAAUAAUCCAAACAAUUGCACAAUGUUUUGUCAAAAGCUUAAAACUGCAAUCAUUAUAAGGUUCCGACAAUGCUUACUUAACCUCCCUUUGAAGAUGCGUUAUCAAAAUUUGUUGUUGCAGUGUCGUUGUUAGGAAACCAGGUUAAAGACGCUCGUGUUCUUGUUCUCGUGGGGAUCAGAAAAUUAUUGGACAUUUCGAUGACCAAGUAGGCGUCCAAAACAGUUAACAAAACUGAGGACAUAACAGUUGAAUUCUGACACGAAAGGUCCUGAAAUUUGCGAUUAAGCGGGUCCGUUCGAAUCUGGCGGGAGAGCCAAGGAGGUCUAUAUCCUUAUGUAAACAAACUCGUUUCAUCGUUUGAGAAAUGGCUCUUGUUAGGAGUAAGUCGUCUAGUUCGAUUCAUGUACGAACAGAAGAUAAACUACCUUACCAGAAAAUAACACAAGCAUUCCUGCGCUCCAUAACGGAAGACCCACUUGGUUGUAUAACCUUCCUUGAUCUAUCAUUCUGUGACAUCAAACGUAUACAGGGCCUUGGUGUUUGCGUUAAUCUUGAAGUGGCUAUUCUUCAGGGUAAUUUCAUUGAUACUCUUAUUGAUGUUAGUAUGUGCCCACAUCUAUGGAAACUCAAUGUGAGCUGUAACGAGUUGAAGGAUCUGGCAGGGUUUGAGAAGUUCAAAUCAUUUGGUACAUUGAUUGCAUCAGGAAAUCAGCUUGAUUGGUUGGAGCUGUCAAAGAUUUCUCAUCUUGAGAUCAUAUCAUUGUACUUGCUUGGAAAUCCUAAGCUGAAGAAGGAUUUGAAUUAUCGCAGGCAUGUCAUAAAAUGCUUGCCAAAGGCCUGGUCACUUGAUGGAGAGCUGGUUACUGCAGAAGAGAGGGCAAAAGUUGAUUACUUCUUUUGUAAAUCUGCAAAGAGUCAAAAACCAGUAAGACUGAAAUUACCAAGUCGCCAGUUUGUUCCAACUUUCAUGAAAGAUGGGUCAACAUCCAAUAUUUACGGCAGAAGAACUGUAUCAUUUUCAAUGCAUUUUGGAAUGAAAGAGGUGCACAACCAUGCACUUGAUCAGAGAAGACUGAAAUAUAUUAGCAAGAAUCUAAAUGAUGACACUAAUCUGGAAUCAUGCUUGGAAACCAAUGAUUUGCUACAGCAUUGUUUUGAGAUGAGGACUAACUGUGUCGAGAAGGGAAAUAUGUUUCUCUUGCUGCUUGUUUCAUCCUUGAUUUUUGCAAUUCCAAAGGUAUUGCUGACAUCAUGUCUGGAGGUGAUAGGAAUGAGUGGUGAAGAAAUUGAUAUGUGCAUUGAAACACUCAAAUUGCAACUACAAACAAGAACAAACAUAGCAUCUACUCUUUUCUCAGCUAUCAAGCUGGAAGGUUUAACUAAAGGAGUCAGUGUCCGUCUUUAUGAUACUUUAAGAUCAUUAAACUACCGGCUUGUUGAAGUUGCUUAUGGAAAAAGUGAUAUCGAUGUAGAGGCUAAGUAUCACCAUGUUAUUGCUAGUGAGAUUGCUCAUUUAUUUUGUCUUGUUCCAGAUUUUACAAUUUUUCUGGAAGAUCCAAGUGUCAUUAGCAUACUGUCUUCAGCAACACUUAACCCUAAUAUUGAGCAUGACAUCCAUGAAAACGUUUGCAAAUGUGAUGUGUACAAAUCAAAAGAAAGACUUUUAGAGUUAAUAACAUUGCAAGUCAAACAGGCAAAGCAACGUAGUCUCUUUGUUUACAGUAAUUAUUUCAAAGAACCUAGAGAUGGGCUCAAAGGUCUUAACAUUACGUAUUAUGAAGCAAGAAAGUCUCAGAGACCAUCAACUGCUCCUUUACUAAGAAGCAGAAGUCUAAAUGCAAGCCUUGAACAUAGUCCAGCUGUGGGUGAAAAAGUACUGCUAGGGCCCCAAAGACUGGCACAUAUUGUGUCAGUUCCAGAUACAAAGGUUUUGCUUGUACAAGUACAUUCUUUGCCCUCAUCCAAACAUCUCCAGGCAGAUUACCAAGAAUCUAGUGAAACAACCCAGUCUUUGUUUUACAUCAAUAGAGAAGAUUUGCAGUGGAAUCAAAAGUUUAUGUCUUGGGUUAUGGAGAGUAAGUUGAAUAAGCUAGCUGACAAAGUCCAAAGUAAAAAGUCUCAUGAUCAAAGACCAAGGCUGGUGCUGCAGAGGGUGAAAAACUUUCCAAGUCAACGGAGUAAGUCUUCAUGCUCUACAAAUGACAAAGAUAGGUUUACUAAACAAGAGUUGUCAAUCAGCAAUCAGACUUUGUUGGAUUUGAGAAGCAGUCAUAAUUUCAAAGAUAUCAGAAUAAGAAACUAUGGAAUUGAAACUAAUUUGAAGGAUGAGCAUAUAGUUGGCAGCCAAAGUCAGAAAGACAGCAGCAGUAGCAAGAUGCCAACACUGUCUGAGGGUGACUUUACUGAAUACCCAGGUCAAUACAGGGUGUUACAAGGGAAUGUCUAUCAUCUGUUUGAAUCUAAAUCCAGAAGUACUCAAAUGCCAGUUAACUGUUUGAUUCAAAGGCCACAGACUAGUUACAGUAAAAGAUCAGACAAUAUGUUCAUAAGAAGGUCAAACUGGCCAAAAACUAUUUGCUAGUUUUGAUGUACUGUUUUCUGUUUUCUUAUAGAGCAGUCUUUCUUUUGUACAAGUUGGCCUUUUCUUGUAAGUAAAACACUUGAAAAGGCCACAGUCAGUGAUUGUGUCUGUAGUGUUUAUUCUUGAAUAUAUAUUCAUAAAAAAAUUUAUUUUCAAAGAUAUUCAAUAGAUUGUUUCAAGUUGUGGAUGUGUUGUAUCACAUGGUAUAAAGAUAAGUGUCAGUGGAACAAGCUGAAAAUUUCAACUUUUUUGAAGUAUCUCAUUUCCAACCACGAAAUGAUCUUUCAUUUUAAGCCUUUCCAACCUAAAUUAGUGAAUAGUAAGAAUUCAAAAUAAUAAGAAUUUUGCAUUUGGUUAUUUGUUCACAUGUAAUUAUAUAAAGUGAAUACUUUUCUAUUUUUGUAUUUUUACCCAAGAUUUUUGAAAUUGGGAAAUCUGUUUUGAAACAAUGUGAUGCUGCUCCAGGGACUAAGCCAACGAGGCACAGGGGCAUUGCCUGCCCAAUUAGAAUUUUUUGCCCCCCUUUGCCCGUCCAAAAAUUUUAGGAAUAAAAUAUGUUCUUGUCCAGUAACUUAGAGAACGGCGUCUUCCUACAUGACUGUCGAAAAAAGUCGAUCGAAACGAAGUCUGGGCAUCUUUGCAUUCGAGGUGAAAACCAGUAUCGACUGUGCACCAGUCCACGCACCUUGAUCGAGAUGAUCCAACUGCUGUUCUGCUUCACCCUGCGUUAAAUACUUGUUUUCGCCACUGAGCAAGGUAGAUGCUCCCAAUGAAGACGCCAAGCUGCAAAACUAGACUCGAACUUCCUUCAUUUUAAAGGAAAAUAUUUGAUGUUAAUGCAGUUUGAUGAGUCUUUAAAUAUUUGGGAGUCAAAAUUUUAAAAACUCUCUUCCAAGUAGACGAAAUUAUAAUACUCAGCUUCACCUAUCGUUAUAGCUUAGUUCCCAUAUACAGUCAAUUUUUAUUUAUUCUAAUAAAUACGUAAUGGAAAACAAAACUUCCUUUAGAUAUUACCGUUUUUAAUCGCCAGUGAAGGAAAUUUACAAAGGCAAUACAAGCAGCUCAUUACAUUGGAAAAAUUUUUUUAUCCCGUGCAAGAUGAUAAAUUUGCAUCAAACUCUGUAUCAAUUGCGAGAUAUUAAAUUUUUGAGGGUUCUCCAAUAUCGCUACUUAAGCUCUUGCAGGUACCGCGGAGCAAGUUAAAGACCCCCCCUGCUUUUUUAGACCCCCCACUUUUCUCAACGCUCCGCUGUGCCUGUCUUGCCUUCAAGUAACAUGCAACGAGCUCAUUCGCUUCGCUCAGUUGACAAACAUUGCCCGCCCGGAGGUUCGCUAAAAGAGGACGCUUUUCCCCAUAAUUUGUCCGUUGCCACAUAAUAUUUUCUCAUCCUGUAGUAUAAUUAUAAUCUUUUUGCAACAGGUUGUAAGGUGUAAAGAUUUCUAUGGCAGCUCAACUUUCAAAUAUGACACUAUUGAAACUUCAAAUUGAAACUUUUGAAUUCUGAAUAUGAAAUAGAAACACAUAAAAGCAGCAUAUAAAAUUAAUUAUCUUAUGGCCACAACCAAAAUAUCGCUUCCGGGUAUGCGGAAUUCUAACCGUAUUCCCUGAUUUAAACCAGUUGUUUUUCGAAAUCCGUUGAAAAACCUUGGGGGCGGGAGUUGGGCUGGUCAGAUUGAUUUCGAGUUUCGCACUGGCAGAAAAGCCACUGUUGCAAAAAAUGUUGCUUGAGAAAGUUUCUUGCCCAAAAAUUUCAAAAUAGGUAAAAAAUACUAAAAAAUUAUUCUCCAAGAGUCUGAAGGGCGUGGCCGAGCAAAUUUGUUUUUUUCCACCCCAGUUUUUUCGAGCUGGUGACGCCACUGGGCUAUAGAAUUUUGUAGAUAAUCGAUGACUAGUUUAGCCACUCUCAUUAUUUUAAUUUCCAUUAGAAAUUAAAAACAAAAUAGAAAAAUAUCCUUUUGUGCUGUCGGUCUUUAAUCAAGGGAAAUUAUUUUUCAGAAGACGAUAAUAGACUUCAGAAAGAUUCAGAAACCAACAGCGUCUUAUAAGAUACUGACUUUUUUUGCCCAUUUCCGGAACGAGAAUGUUACGCUUAUUUUAUAUCUUAAUAUAAGCAACGCGCUGAGAUAAACAAUUAUUUGAUUUACCUUUCUUUCUUGUGAUUAUUAUUUUCCUAUUUGUAUUCUCAAUGAGUCUGCAACCAUGGAGUAUUGAGACUAAGCGGAAAGUCAAAGUUUUAUAACCAGCCCAUUUAUAAUUGCCAUGAUUUUUGGAAAACCAGACAUUUCGAUUAAUGAUAAGGCCAUUUAUUACCAAUUUGCAUAAGGAAUUUUGUCAACAUUAUGCCUAUGCGUAGAGUCUUUGAUUGCAAAAACCACAGCUGUAUAGUUGGAGCAGAUCCAUGCCAAGAUUUUAUUUUGCCCCCCCCC